AGCACACUGCAUCUAGUAAAUCUCAGCGCGCACACGUAUGUUCUCCCAGCGCAAACAAUUGUGGGACAAGUGGAAGCAGUAGAGGUUCUGGAAACCCCUCAGGAUCAAGACGGAAACGAUGAAGCAACUUCCCACAAUGAGGAGGUACCCCCCGAGUUGCCACCCCCUCUUCGCUCCAAGUGGACGGCCUUGAUGAACCGCUUCCAGCGAGUGUUUGCCCGAAGCGAUGACGACUCCGGGCAUACCAACCUAACCCGCCAUGUGAUCGAUACGGGUCUAUCUAGGCCUAUCAAGCAACCAGUGCGUCGUCUUGCGCUGGCAAGGAAGGCUGAAGUGGAAGAACUGGUUGCCGACAUGAAGCUAAGAGGCAUAAUUCGCCCAUCCACGAGCCCGUGGGCCUCACCGGUCGUUCUAGUAAGGAAAAAGGACGGUUCUACCCGGUUCUGUGUGGAUUAUCGACGUCUAAACGAUAUCACCAUCAAGGAUUCUUAUCCCCUACCAAGGAUGGAUGACAUCUUAACCACGAUGCACGGCGCCUAUUGGUUCUCCACAAUGGACCUUCAGAGCGGUUACUGGCAGGUGGAAAUGGACGACACCUCAAGAGCCAAGACCGCUUUUACGUGUGAUGCCGGUCUUUUUGAAUUUAACGUGAUGCCGUUUGGCCUGACCAACGCGCCAGCGACCUUCGAGCGUUUAAUGGACGGCCUAUUCUCCGGACCUGCCUGGAAAUACACACUGGUUUACCUCGACGACAUCAUUGUGUACUCUCGGACAGCGGAAGACCAUCUGGACCACUUGCAACAAGUCUUGGAUAAAUUGCAAAGCGCAGGACUAAAGCUGAGUCCCCGCAAAUGCCAUUUCUUCCGAACCUUUGAAACGCUUAAAAUUAAGCUCACUACACCGCCCAUUCUAACGUUUCCCACUUCUAAUGGUGUAUUCGUUUUGGAUACAGAUGCGUCAAACCAUGGCGCGGGCGCUGUACUCAGUCAACAACAAGAAGGACAGGAGCAUGUACUGGAGUAUUACAGCAAAUCCUUUAAUGCUGCCGAACGCAAUUAUUGCGACAACUCGCUCGCUGGAUUGAACGCCUCCAGCAAUACGACAUGGAUAUCCAGCACCACAGUGGCAAGCUGCACGGUAACGCCGACGCCCUGUCUCGCCGCCCCUGUGGCAUUCAGCCGCAUAUGCACUAAGGCAGAACAAAACGAUGGUCAAGGGAUUUUGUUCUUACAGGCCCAACCAGUCGACAUUGCUAUCAGCCAGGAAAAAGAUCCCACUUUGUCGUUGAUCCUGCAGUGGUUAAAAACAGGAGAACGACCAACUAAAUCCACAACAUGGAGUGAGAGCCCCGAGACAAAAGCGUAUUGGCACUUGUUCGAACACCUUUUCGUGGAAAGGGGUCUUCUGAUGAUUAAAACCAAAACAGCGGACGAAGCCUUGGUAGUGCCUCGCUCACUUCAGGAAGAAGCUCUGCGCAGCACUCACAACUCUACCACCGGCGGACACUUCGGAAUUAAGAAGACAGUCGCCAAGCUCAAGCAACGCCGCAACUUCGAAUCAGAAGUAUUCCAAGCUUGCCUACGCCUCCUCGACGUGGAGAAGACUCGCACCACACCGCUACACCCUCAGUCGGACGGGAUGGUCGAGAGAUUUAAUCGGACCCUCCUGGAUUACCUGGCCAAAUUUGUUGCGACCGAUCAACGCGACUGGGACCAACUGUUGCCGCUAGCUCUCUGGGCCUAUCGAUCGGCUCCACAUAAGGCAACUGGGUUUUCACCGUCGUUACUGCUGCUGGGACGGGAACUCCGGCUACCGAGCGAACUGCUGUAUGGUCGACCAUCCCCUCAUCCGGAGAGUUAUCCCGCCUACGUGGAACAAUUGCAGAAUCGCCUCCGACUCACACAACAGAUUGGACGACGAAACUUGAUGGCAGCCGCUAACGUUAACAAGUUACGCUACGACCUUCGAUCGCAUCCAGUUGAAUUCGCCGUUGGAGAAGAGGUUUGGCUCUACUGCCCUACACGAAGAGUGGGCCGAUGCCCGAAACUGCAGUCUGAUUGGAUUGGACCCGCCGUCGUCACCCGCCGUCACUCCGACCUCGUAUACAAGAUACGACUACCAGGGAAGCGUGCCACCAGGACCGUCCAUGUCAACCGAUUGGCCCCUUACCGAGGCCCAAGUCCAGCCGUACUCGGCCAGGAGACUCGAGUCUGA